CCCGGCGCGUGCGCGGAGGGACGCGCGUGGCCCGCGGCCCCAGGGCCCGCCCGGGCUGCGGCGGGACCGGCACCGGCACCGGCACCGGGACCGGCACCGGCACCAUGAACGCCGCUCAGGGCACGGUGGGCAGCGACCCCGUCAUCCUGGCCACGGCCGGCUACGACCAUACGGUGCGGUUCUGGCAGGCCCACAGCGGCAUCUGCACCCGCACCGUGCAGCACCAGGACUCGCAGGUGAACGCCCUGGAGAUCACCCCGGACCGCAGCAUGAUCGCUGCUGCAGGCUACCAGCACAUCCGCAUGUACGACCUCAACUCCAACAACCCCAACCCCGUCAUUAACUACGACGGCGUCAGCAAGAACAUCACCUCCGUGGGCUUCCACGAGGACGGGCGCUGGAUGUACACGGGCGGGGAGGACUGCAUGGCCAGGAUCUGGGACCUGAGGUCUCGAAACCUCCAGUGCCAGCGGAUUUUCCAGGUGAACGCUCCCAUCAACUGCGUCUGCCUGCACCCCAACCAGGCAGAGCUAAUUGUGGGUGAUCAGAGCGGAGCCAUUCACAUCUGGGACCUGAAGACAGACCACAACGAGCAGCUGAUUCCAGAGCCCGAAGUCUCCGUGAAUUCGGUUCACAUUGACCCCGAUGCCAGUUACAUGGCAGCUGUCAACAGCUCGGGAAAUUGCUACGUGUGGAACUUGACGGGUGGCAUCGGAGAGGAGGUGACCCAGCUGAUCCCCAAGACCAAGAUCCCAGCGCACAACCGCUACGCCCUUCAGUGCAAGUUCAGUCCCGACUCCACGCUCUUGGCUACAUGUUCUGCAGAUCAGACCUGUAAGAUCUGGAGGACUUCAAACUUCUCUUUGAUGACAGAGCUGAGCAUCAAGAGCAAUAACCCAGGGGAAACGUCUCGGGGCUGGAUGUGGGACUGCGCCUUCUCCGGGGACUCCCAGUACAUUGUCACAGCCUCCUCUGACAACCUGGCCCGACUUUGGUGUGUGGAGACAGGGGAGAUCAAGCGGGAAUACAGCGGGCACCAGAAGGCUGUUGUCUGCCUGGCCUUCAACGACAGCGUGCUGGGAUAGCAGCCACCUUGGGAAGAGGAGGAUCUCUGCUUGUUUUCCCUUGUCCUACAGUGGCCAGCACCCUCUCUGGAGCCCAGGAGACACACAUGUAACCAUCCCCUCCUCUGAGGGAGAGGGCUGGGUCUCUGGCAGAAGCAGCUGCCUCUGCCUGGGGUGGCACCAGGCUCCAGCCCCAGCAGAUCCCUACUGAAGCGUGGCCUCUGAGGGAAGCUGCUGGGACUAAAGGAAAUGGGAAGGGGAGGCAUGGUCCUGCAGAGGGGAGCUGGGUGUGGUUCAGCUGGAGGAAUCCCUCUGGCAUGGCUGCUGACAGCUUUGUGAUGUUCUUGUACCACAAAGUGGGAAAAAAAUAAAUAAAAUCAGCCUUUCUCCAUGAUGGAAGAGGCCGAGCAAAGAGAGGAAAGGCA